AUGGCAUCCAGCGAGCACUCAGAGCGAUCUCUCGGGUUUUCUUCGGACACAUGCGAGGAUCUCAGCUUCUCUAACAUAGCAAGCAAUGGAAACAUUGAGUGCAAAGAUAUAGAAAGGAUUUUGGAGCUGGUUCAGAACUCUGUAGAAGAAAUUGUAAUGGACCUAAAGGGGGAGAAAGGAAGCCAGCCAAAUGAAUACGCCAAAGUUGCACAGCCCAAGCUCUCUGCCAGCAGCCAGGACGAUGCUUCGUAUGAUUUCUAUGCGGACAUGGACAAGGGCCCUAUUGGGUUUGACGCUUCUGAAGAAGGCGCCGCAAUAGAAACCGAAUCGCCAAGCAAGAAAGAAAAGAGGACGGCGCAUAGGAGAAAGAAGCAUUUGGGCAAAGUUUCUAUCAAAAAGGACAAGAAAAGCCCAAAGCUCACGCGCUCUGCCAAAAUGAAGACCCGCAUAAAUUCUGAAUUCGGGUUUAAAGGAUCUGUGAAGAACGGAGAACUUCAUUUUAAAUCAAGCGGGACUGCCGAUCCGCUUGAAAUGCGGUUUGUCCUGAAAGAGUUCCAGGGCUUCAUGCACACGGCAAAUAUGCAGCGGGUGUAUAAAGAAAAAAACACCAGAUCCCAGGAAGGGUACCACAUGGACAGGCUUAGCGCCCAGGAGAAGAUCGACAGGAUUACCAACGAGUGCAUGUAUAUGUGCAUUCCUGUGUCCAGAAUUGCGCUGAAAAUUGUAAUAGAAAAGCUUCUUGGCACCAGCCAGCUGGUUCUUCGGUUUGUUGACGAGGUCAGAAGAAUCAUGAGGAUCAUUGAUGCUGAAAACGACCGCGUCCGCAAAAACUCCUCGAAUUACUCGGAAAGCUCGUCCUCGCUAGGAAGCUCAAUCGAGAGCAUUAGCGAGGCUAGUAGCAGCGCUUCCGAGCAUGCAAACUCUAAAGAGGGAAGCGACCACCCCUCGCCCCAGCCUAGUGAGGGCUCGCACUCAGAAGAGUCGCCUCUGUCUCCAGAAGGCCUUCCUGGAUCUCCAGACAAGCUGUCUGCCCAGCCUAUCGAGGAAAAAGCCCCUUCUCCGAAUUUUGCAGAUGAAGUAGAGGAGUUUGUGUACCCGGAACCGGAGGUAGAAAUUCCCGAUGAUAUCACUCUGGAGCUUCUUAAAUGA